AUGGCGAACGCUUCCAACACGCUUCCCAUUAAACUGAAAGAUUCUUGCCUGUUUGAAAGACGGGGUUUCUUUGCGGGAGAAUGGAGGAAUGCUGCUUCGGAUAAGGCCUUUCCAGUCACCGAGCCUUCCUCAGGUCAAGUUCUGGCUCACUGUGCCGACUUUUCCCAAGCAGAUUUCGAAGAAGCCAUUCAAUAUGCCGAACCUGCAUCUCAAGAGUUCUUCUUGGGGACUACUGCCAAGCAGAGAGCUUCGCUUCUCCGAGAAUGGAACCGUCUUAUUUUGGAGAAUGCCGAAGAUCUUGCUAAAAUUCUCUCCCUUGAAAACGGCAAAACUUUGACGGAAUCUAAAGGCGAGUUAAUCUACGCUGCAAGUUUUGUAUUAUGGUUUGCCGAAGAAGCAGUUCGGUCUUACGGGGACGUUAUACCUUCUUCAUAUAAAAGCACGACCGUUCUGACUCUGAAACAACCUGUCGGGGUAUGCGGAAUCAUCACCCCGUGGAACUUCCCAGCGGCAAUGAUCACCCGAAAGAUCGCUCCUGCUUUGGCCGCAGGCUGCUCGGUUAUUAUCAAGCCGCCGAGUGAAACCCCUUUCACUGGCCUCGCCUUGAUCAGACUUGCCUUGCAGGCCGGGUUCCCUCCUGGUGUCCUUCAUAUUGUCCCGACCAAGGAUCGUGACGCUUCUUUGUUGCUCGCCACACAUCCUAAGGUCAAAAAACUCAGCUUCACUGGAUCGACCAAUGUGGGGAAGAUGCUCGCAAAGCUCGCCGCCGAUACGAUGAAGCGAAUUAGCAUGGAACUCGGUGGCAAUGCGCCCUUCAUUGUGUUCGAGGAUGCCGACCUCAACAAAGCGGUUGAGGGAGCUUUGAUCUGCAAAUUCCGCUCCUCGGGUCAAACUUGCGUCUGCGCCAACCGCAUACUUGUCCAUCAAAAUGUCUUGGAAGAGUUCACGGCCAAACUGAUUCAAAGGGUCAAAUUAUUCAAGUUAGGUCGUGGCAUAGAUGAAGGCGUCACCCACGGGCCUCUUGUCAAUGCUGCUGCUGUGGAAAAGGUCAAAUCUCAUGUUGAGGAUGCCUUAAAGAAGGGAGGUCGGCUUCGCUAUGGUGGUCAUGUACCAGCAGGUCUUUCUGGCUACUUUUACGAACCAACCGUCAUCACAAACGUCAACAAAGAUAUGCUUGUUGCCAGUGAUGAAACUUUCGGACCUCUUGCUGCUAUCUUCUCUUUCUCCUCGGAGAAAGAAGCCAUCGUACUGGCAAAUGACACCGAGGUGGGCCUGGCAGGGUACUUCUUCAGUGAAAACAUCAGCCGCAUUUUUCGUGUUGCACAAAGGCUUGACUGCGGCAUGGUUGGUGUCAAUACGGGCUUAAUCAGUGCAGCCGAGUCGCCAUUUGGCGGCAUCAAAGAAAGUGGCGUCGGGCGAGAGGGAAGCAAAUAUGGGUUGAGUGAGUACCAGAACAUCAAAGCUGUAACAAUUGCAAUUUCCCCGAAUUGA